CCCUUUCUCAAUCAUACAAUUGUCUUCUUCAUCUUCAGAAAACUAAAAACAUGGGAUCCGUAAAGGUAACUAUCCUCCUCUUAGCAAUGAUGAUCGGCGUUUCGUAUGCCGCCGACAUGUCGAUCAUCUCGUACGACGAGAAACACCACAUCACCGCCGAGAACGAGCGGAGCGACGCCGAGGUUGCGAGAAUUUACGAGGCCUGGAUGGAGAAACACGGCAAGAAGGCGCAGAGCAACGGUCUUGUCGGUGAGGAGAAGGACCAGAGAUUUGAGAUUUUUAAAGACAAUCUCAGAUUCAUUGACGAACACAACAACAAAAACCUCAGUUACAAACUCGGUCUAACCCGGUUCGCUGAUCUAACCAACGAAGAGUACCGAUCUAUCUACCUCGGUGCGAAAUCGAAGAAGAGAGUCCUCAAAACCAGCGAUCGUUAUCAGCCGCGUGUUGGUGACGCGAUACCUGAUUCAGUUGACUGGAGAAAAGAAGGUGCCGUCGCCGCCGUUAAAGAUCAGGGAAGCUGCGGGAGUUGUUGGGCAUUUUCAACCAUUGGAGCGGUGGAAGGAAUAAACAAGAUCGUGACAGGAGACUUAAUCUCUUUGUCUGAACAAGAACUUGUUGACUGUGACACAUCUUACAACCAGGGUUGUAAUGGAGGUUUGAUGGAUUAUGCGUUUGAAUUCAUCAUUAAAAACGGUGGUAUUGAUACCGAAGAGGAUUAUCCAUACAAAGCUGCUGACGGUCGUUGUGAUCAGACCAGGAAAAACGCAAAGGUUGUCACAAUUGAUGCCUAUGAGGAUGUGCCUGAGAACAACGAGGCUGCGCUCAAGAAAGCUUUGGCUAACCAGCCUAUUAGUGUCGCCAUCGAAGCUGGGGGUCGGGCAUUCCAGCUCUAUUCUUCGGGUGUAUUUGAUGGAAUAUGUGGAACAGAGCUAGACCAUGGAGUUGUAGCUGUGGGUUACGGAACUGAGAACGGAAAGGACUACUGGAUUGUGAGAAACUCAUGGGGAGGAAGCUGGGGAGAGAGCGGAUACAUAAAGAUGGCACGUAACAUUGCUGAGCCAACAGGAAAGUGUGGAAUCGCCAUGGAGGCUUCAUACCCGAUCAAGAAAGGUCAGAACCCACCAAACCCUGGACCAUCACCACCAUCUCCCAUUAAGCCACCGACCCAGUGUGACAAGUACUACUCUUGCCCCGAGAGCAACACUUGUUGUUGUCUCUUCAAGUACGGUAAGUACUGCUUCGGUUGGGGAUGUUGCCCUCUCGAAGCUGCUACUUGCUGCGAUGAUAACACUAGCUGCUGUCCUCAUGAGUACCCGGUUUGCAAUGGCGAUACCUGUUUGAUGGUGAGUUUCUUGGUAAUUUUGAGUUGGAUGAUAAUGUUUGGAAAAUGUUUACUGAUUUCUGGAAAUGUUUUGUGUUAUGCAGAGCAAGAACAGUCCAUUCAGCGUGAAGGCUUUGAAGCGUACACCCGCGAAACCUUUCUGGGCACAUAGCAGAAAGAACAUUGCUUAAGAGAAGGGUGAGGAAACAUUACUGAUGAAUUCAUUCAUUCCAUUUUAAGAGUGGAGAGACAUGAGUCGAGAGAAUUCAUCAAAAAGCUUUCUUAUUGUCGUCGUUCUGAUUAUCUAAAAAUUGCUGAUUCUGCUGCUCGGGGGUUUUCUGUACAAAUAUAAAACCCAUUCCUAAGUUUCAUCAUUGAUCCUAAACAUUGGUAUUUACCGGUUAUUUAUGGAUAAAUUUAUCUUUUCCCA